CGGCGAAAAGACAUUUUUCUCAAACACCCAGCACGAAAACUCCAGAAAAUGAAACUGAAGUUCUUUCUACCAGCCCUGCUCCAUCUAGCUCUCUUCCAGCUGAUCUCAGGUAGCCCGAAGAUGAGCAUGAACCCGAGUUCGGAUGACCCUAUCCCGACCCCAUGGCCGGACCGGUUCCAUGCGCUGCUCUACAUGAACCUGAGCAAAGGGAACCUGCAGAUGAGUGACCUGUGGUAUGACUGGCCCAGGGGCAGGAACGUGAAUAUCUUCCAGAAGCAGCUGGGCGUGGUCCUCUACGACAUUGAAUGGGACAACGGAACGUCCUUCUACUACACAACCGGCGAAAGGGACGGGGAGAGCUGCCAGGUGAUGGAGUUCGGGGUUGGGAUCCCCCGGCCCGACUUCAUGCUCGAUGGAGCAAGGUAUCUGGGCACCGAGCUGACUGAUGGCGGGUUCCUGUGUCACGUGUGGGGGAAGGCCGAGUUUAUCUGGUACUACGAGGAUGUCGUGUCGAAGAGGCCCGUGCGCUGGGAUUUCUACGAUGGAAUUUCGUCGCAUGUUAUGACAUUCGAGGAGGGCGCAAUUCUCAAUGAUUCGGUGACUCAAGCUCCUUCAUAUUGCUUCAAUCAAGAUCUCGAGCUUAAGGCGCGUCGCUGCAUCGAUGACUUUUGUACAGUGAAUCCUCUCACAGGAAAUUCUGAUCGGGCCUUACUAGUUAGUGUCCUCGAUCAAUGACUUCUGAGUAGAGUCCUUGUAAUUGUAUAAGACAUCACUCUUCAAACAUUUUGCUGUAACUAAUGACCAUUCCUCGCAACGACACGGUAUCGAAGAACCGAAUGGCUUUUGCAGUCAAGUGAAACCAUAUUUUCUCGAUAA